AGUCCAUGUGCGAUCGUUCGUCCUCGAGGAUUCCAUCGACAUUCUGGAUAGUUUCAUUAACCUUCAACAAAAAAAAAACAUCACCUCAACCUCUGCAAAAAAAAUCACUAGAAUGAACAAUAACUUUCCGAGCAGAACCCGCGUAUUCUUUUGCCACCCAGAAAGUGAAUAAUUCGAUUAUAAAUAAACAAAUAUCCCAGCAGUCCCCAGUGUCAUCAACGUAGCAUCGAGAAUCGAACAUUUUCAAUCAAUAAAAAAAAUACUGAAGGCAAAACCAUCACGCGAUAUAUUUAUUUGAAAAUCAAUAGUGCACCCCGCGUCGAAAUAAUGACAAUGAAAUAAUUGAACAUUUCUCGGAAUAAGUCCCAGUGGCGGAAAGAGAAAAUUCUCAAAGCCCAGCAGUUCACCUCCGAUAACGGGAUGUUGUGCACGCGCAGGUGACAGAAAGCUCAAACGCCGGCGCGUAACGAAGUCCCUCUCGGUGUGACUCGAGUGUCCUCGGUGAUUCAGGGGUGUCCCAACCCCCGAUAAACUGAUAACCCCCGAAGUAAAAAAAUUUCCGUCUACGAAUCCCCCGAUAACUCCCCAAGUCAACGAUCCAAAGUCCAAAAAGCUCCCAUCGAGCUCCUCAAAACCUCCAAAUUUCCCCCGAAACGCCAAAACAAUAGAACUAAAAAUGUCAAAGCAUGUGGGGUUGCACGUGAAUUAUUCGAGAGGGCGCGCCUCAAGUCUCUACGUCACGAAAAGCUCCGAGCUUAUUGGUGGCGGUACCAUUGUUGCGUAUUGAUUGCCACAGACUGUGUUAGUGUACGUUAAAAAAACUUUUUAUCCAGAGGGUAGUGUUACCACUGGUUUCGUAUCGUUGGUGUGUGCCCGCGCGUUUCCCGAUGGCAUGGAUGAGUAAACGAUAGAGAACAUUGAAGAUCCUCGAAAAAAACAUUAUAAUCAUCCCCUGACCUCCGAGCGCAAGCCCCUGGAUGACUCCGAGUGAGUGCAAUAACAAAUAUUGUGACAAAACAGUGAUUUUACAUUUAUUUACUGGAGCGAUUGGGAAUUUGAAAUUAAAUUGGCCCUUCGGUGGUCGGUGAGAGGGGGUGAGAAAUCCACCAGUGAACCAGUGGGCGAGCUAGGUAACCCCACUCGCGACAAUAAACCCUUGUUGCCGUGGGGGAUACCCUCCUCAGUGGUGGUGGUAAAACUGGAGUAGGAGAAAACUACAAGAGGAUAAAGGGGGAAUGGUUUGUACUAAAAGGUGGAUGGAUAAAGGAGUACGGAGAGGUGGUGUUGUAGGGUGUAUGUGUGAAUUGUGUUGGUGAAGAAUUCUAGUGGAGGGUUUCCUCGUCCCCGUUCGUACGGGCGACCUCCUUCGCCACGCGCGAAGGCCAGUGCGGAUUGUCACGAGAUACGUUGAGUUUUUAUCAUCUGACAGUAAUUAUCGCAUUAUAAUUUGUUAAUUCAAUCGAAAGGGAAAAAUCACGAGUGCUAGGUACAUUUUGGGUGUUGAGGAUUGAGGGGUGAGUGCGUUGGCUUUGAUAAUUCAGUGUUGAUGAAUGGGGGCCUUUUGUCGUACUCAAGUACAAUUUUAAUCGUCUUAUUUGAAAUUUUGAGAGCUUCUGGCCUGUCAGGAGGCGACUCGCGCAACCUUGUGACUUCCGGGUCAACGCUAGACGUGGAAAGCGCAAGCGGGGUCCUCACUUCACUGGGUUAUGUGUAUAUAAUACUUGUGUAUGUGUUUCAUGUAACAUUUAUCCUAAUGCCGCACUCAGUAGUGAAUAUUUUCGAGUGAUUAGUGGAAAUAAACAGUAUAAUUUAUUGACAGUGAGGUGUUAUGUGACGAGAAAGAGAAUAUUACGGGGAUAAAUAGUGGAUUGUUUAUUUUCAUUCGGUUUACUUUGUGCUGAAAAAUGAAAACAAAUUGCCGAUGAUUACAAUCGAAUGGGAUAACGUGUAAUUGUGUGGGCUGGGCUGUUGAUACAAAUUAUGAAGCAUCAUCGAAUCAAACGUCUACAGCGUGUGGCUGGCCGAAGGGGCCGGUGAAUGUGUGACCCGGGGGGCAGAGAUCUGCCGGAAUGACGACGGAAUGCGACGGGUCGACCGAGCGGCCUCCGGUAGACGACUGCCUCUCUGAACGAAAAUGGUGGUGCUUCCUAUUAUCGAGUAUAUUCACAUUUCUCGCUGGACUCCUUAUUGUACUCCUGUGGCGUGCGUUCGCCUUUCUCUGGUGUCGAAAAGAGCCUGAAUUUUCUCCCAAUGAUCCGAAGCAGAAGGAGCAAAAAGCCGCCCGACAGGGCAAGGAGUUUGAGGGGACUUUUAUGACAGAGGCUAAGGAUUGGGCCGGCGAACUCAUAUCCGGUCAGACUACCACUGGACGAAUUCUGGUGGUAUUGGUCUUUAUCCUCAGCAUAGCAUCGCUCAUAAUAUAUUUCAUCGAUGCCUCCAACGAAGAAGUCGAGCGUUGCCAGAAGUGGAGCAACAACACUACUCAGCAGAUAGACUUAGCUUUCAAUAUAUUUUUUAUGGUCUACUUUUUUAUACGCUUUAUCGCCGCCAGUGACAAGCUGUGGUUCAUGCUGGAGAUGUACUCGUUCGUGGAUUAUUUUACGAUACCACCGUCUUUCGUAUCGAUCUAUCUUGAUCGUACGUGGAUCGGGCUGAGAUUUCUCAGAGCCCUACGACUGAUGACGGUCCCUGACAUCCUCCAGUACCUUAACAUUCUAAAAACAUCGAGCUCCAUUCGUCUCGCCCAACUCGUCUCCAUAUUCAUCUCAGUCUGGUUGACAGCUGCUGGUAUCAUUCAUCUGCUUGAAAACUCAGGGGACCCAUUCGAGUUCGUGAAUCCACAACCGCUCUCUUAUUGGACAUGCGUGUACUUCCUAAUUGUUACAAUGUCAACGGUAGGAUACGGCGAUGUUUACUGCCAGACUAUUCUCGGCCGCACAUUCCUAGUAUUUUUUCUACUCGUCGGUUUGGCCAUAUUCGCCAGUUGUAUCCCCGAGAUAAUUGACCUGAUCGGGACGCGAAACAAGUACGGCGGCACUUUGAAGAACGAGCGAGGUCGCAGACACAUUGUUGUUUGCGGUCACAUCACCUACGAGUCAGUUUCCCACUUCCUCAAGGAUUUUUUGCACGAGGAUCGUGAGGAUGUCGACGUCGAAGUGGUCUUCUUGCACAGAAAAGAACCGGAUCUUGAAUUGGAGGGUCUCCUGAAGAGGCAUUACACCACCGUGGAGUUUUUUCAGGGAACUAUGAUGAAUGCUGUGGAUCUAGAGCGUGUCAAGGUUCAUGAGGCAGACGCCUGUCUGGUACUUGCUAAUAAGUACUGCCAGGAUCCAGACGCUGAGGAUGCGGCAAAUAUUAUGCGUGUCAUCUCCAUUAAAAAUUAUUCGGAUGACAUACGCGUUAUCAUUCAGUUGAUGCAAUAUCACAACAAGGCCUAUUUAUUAAACAUUCCAUCGUGGGACUGGAAACAAGGAGACGACGUGAUAUGCCUCGCUGAACUGAAACUCGGCUUCAUCGCUCAGUCCUGCUUGGCGCCGGGCUUCAGUACGAUGAUGGCAAACUUGUUUGCCAUGAGAUCCUUCAAGACGUCGCCCGAUAUGCAGGCAUGGCAGAAUGACUACCUCCGUGGCACCGGAAUGGAGAUGUACACCGAGAAACUGAGCCCUACCUUCAUUGGAAUGCCCUUUACCAAAGCCACCGAGUUAUGCUUCACGAAAUUGAAACUAUUACUUCUGGCUAUCGAGAUAAAGGGCGAAGCGGGUGCGGACAGCAAGAUCUCCAUAAAUCCACGUGGUGCCAAGAUCGCUGCUAAUACUCAGGGAUUUUUCAUUGCUCAAUCGGCCGAUGAGGUCAAACGUGCAUGGUUUUACUGCAAAGCUUGCCACGAAGACAUCAAGGACGAGACACUCAUCAAGAAGUGCAAAUGCAAAAACUUGGGGCAGCAGCAGCGCUCCUGGGGCCGGGACUUAGUGGCAACAUUCCGGAAGGGCGUGAAGACCGUUCAGAUGGUCGGAAGAGCAAGUGAAGACUACUCGUACGCAAACGACCAUCAUCCUCCCCCCACAUUCACUCCGCCAGAACUGCCCAAGAUGGUUCACGUGAGAGGUGAAAUCAGUCGAGAACGAGAUGAUCCAAAUGCUAUGAGGAAUCACCGAAACUCCGUAGGAAUGACAACAAUGAAUUCAACAAAGCAAGUGAAUAAAGUCAAGCCAAAUGUCAACAGAACAACCAGUGAUAAUUUGUCCAGUCCAAACCAUCCGUACAAUCAGAGAUCGCAAGAGGAGUCGGCAUACUCUGGCUACCAUCUCGCCUACGAAGUCAAAAAACUCAUGCCUACGAACAGAGCAUCCGGAGGCUCAAAUGUUAAUAACAACGGUGGUCUGCAGAUUGGCAUUGCCGAUGAUCAGGCCAAAGAUUUUGACUUUGAAAAAACUGAAAUGAAGUACGAUUCAACGGGCAUGUUCCAUUGGAGUCCAGCCCGCAAUCUCGAAGACUGUAUACUGGAUCGUAAUCAGGCAGCAAUGACUGUGCUAAAUGGACACGUUGUUGUAUGCCUUUUUGCUGAUCCUGAUUCACCAUUAAUUGGACUGAGAAACCUUGUCAUGCCAUUACGAGCUUCCAAUUUUCAUUACCACGAGCUUAAACAUGUAGUUAUAGUUGGAUCGGUUGACUAUAUACGACGCGAGUGGAAGAUGCUACAAAAUUUGCCAAAAAUUUCAGUGCUCAAUGGUUCACCAUUGAGCAGAGCAGAUCUACGUGCAGUUAAUGUCAAUCUCUGUGACAUGUGUUGCAUCCUGUCGGCAAAAGUGCCUAGCAACGAUGAUCCAACCCUCGCCGACAAGGAGGCCAUUCUCGCGUCCCUUAAUAUCAAGGCCAUGACAUUUGAUGAUACAAUCGGAGUACUCAGUCAAGUUGGCAGCCCCAUUGUACUGCAACGACGUGGCUCAGUUUAUGGCGCAAACGUGCCAAUGAUCACUGAGCUCGUCAAUGACAGUAAUGUACAGUUUCUCGACCAGGACGACGACGAUGAUCCCGAUACAGAGCUCUACCUCACCCAACCGUUUGCAUGCGGCACUGCCUUCGCUGUCAGCGUACUCGACUCUCUAAUGUCUACGACCUAUUUCAAUCAGAACGCAUUGACGCUAAUUCGAUCGUUGAUCACUGGAGGUGCGACACCCGAAUUGGAAUUGAUUUUAGCCGAAGGGGCUGGAUUAAGAGGUGGUUACAGUACGGCGGACAGUCUGGCAAACAGAGAUCGCUGUCGCGUAGGUCAAAUCUCACUGUACGAUGGGCCAUUGGCUCAGUAUGGUGAGGCUGGCAAGUACGGCGAUCUCUUUGUUGCGGCACUAAAAUCAUACGGAAUGCUGUGCAUUGGUCUAUACAGGUACAGGUUUCGUGAUACUAGCUCGUCUUGUGAAGCCUCAUCGAAGCGCUAUGUCAUUACAAAUCCACCUGAUGAUUUUACGCUAUUACCUACGGAUCAGGUUUUCGUGCUUAUGCAGUUCGACCCUGGUCUCGAGUAUCGACCGAACAGAGGGGCACGAGGAAAGGACGAUGCCUCCUGACUGUUGCUGUGUAGCGCCCUCACAGACGGACCCUACUCCUACAUUUAAUUCCACGUAGGAAGGCUGUCGUGCCACCUUGUCACCCAUGCAAAGAAAUAUCUGCGUCUUCAUCUACCCCGAACCUCAAUCCCACCCCAAAAAAAAACAAUUACUUUAUUUUUCCUCAUUCAAUCACAUCAAACUCGUCACAUUUUUUUUCAAACAUUCACACUUCAGGAAAAAGGAGCUCCUCAGAGCUUCUGAAAACUAGUGAUUUCGAAAUGGCAAUCAUGAGUUUGAAGGAUGUAUCAAUGAAGACGAGAGGAUUAUUGAACGGUGGCACGAUGGAGGGUCUGGAGGGCUGCUACACGUUGCCAAUGUCACGAGGUUAACCCAAAAUUAGGAAUAAAAUAGGCUCGAAGAACAAUGUAUGAGAAUGGAGGUGCUAACGCUUACAAAAGCAAGAGAUGAUCAAGUCUGAUCAGCGAUGGAAUCGAUAUGAAGAAGACAAUCCUCGCCAACAGUUAGCCGUUGCCACGAAAAACAUCAGCAACAAGAUGUUAUGAAGCUGAAGAAGAUGGACGUCUUCGCGAUAGUGCGGGAGAAGUUGAAUGAAGAACGUCAACCUCGCAAAUACUAUGAAGCAUUCAAUUAACCAGAGACGCAAUUCGUGAUUAAACGUGAUUACAAACUUGUCGAUUGUGAAUAACACAAUCGAUCAAAAUUUCAUGGGGGAUGAGUUGAAUCAAUCCAUGAUAAAAGCCAUAGAUGAGAGUGCGCGGGACUUAUUCAUGUAAUCUUUACCUCGUGUGUCUUGUUUAAUGAUUAAAAUCCGCUAAAAAAGUUAAUGAAAAACUCUGAAUGAAGCACUUUGUACAGGUAGUUUACGCAUAUGUACGUAUUUGGCUGUGAAAAAUACUUACAAAUUCGUGAACUAAUUAAUUAUAGAUAAUUACAAAAAAUGAAUCGCCCUUUUCCACAAAUGACUUUGAGUAAAGAAUAAUAAUUAUAUUAAGAGAAAAAAACAUACGGAAUGAAAAAAAAACACAAUUACGUAAAAUCAGUUAUAUAUCGAUAUGUAUACAUCAUAGGUACAUAUUCGUAUAUAUUAAUUAUUAUACAUGAAGGAAAAAUCAUAUAAAUAGACACUCUCUCUUUUAUAUAUUUUUGUGAAACUCACGUGUGUAUAUAUACGGACGUACAUAUUAUACAUAAAAUUAUUAAUGAAAAUAUUGAGAAAUGGACAUACACAGUUGGACGUUUCACAAUUGUGUUGAAGUGUAAUAAUGUCAUUAAUUUGCCGGCAAAAAAAUAAUAAUUAAACUUCACAUUGGCAUUAUUAGAAAACAAACCUACGAAAAAAAUCAAAUGAAAAGAAAAUUCAUGCGCACGUUGAAAUUCACGUUCAUCACCCAGGACUGGGAAAUGGGUGGGGGGUACAAAAAAAAACGAAAAAUUUAGGUGUUAGGUGGGGAGACAUGGGUGGUAGACCAUUAGAGAUUAAAUGUUUUUUUUUUCAAAUUGAAAUCGAUGUUACAGAGGACAAUGAAAUUGUGUGAAAAAUUCAUGAAUCGUUUUAAUUGAAUUUAAAAAUCAUCAGAAAUUAAUGAAAAAUGACAGAAACUAGCCGUGGUAGACUGCUGCUGUGUUCGUAUAUGCAUACCCGUGUAUAACUGCUGCCGCUGCCGCUAAUUUAUGCUGCUGCUGUUGCAAUAUCCACGUGCACUGUUCACUGCCACCGCAGUUCGUGUUAUCAUCUUAUAUUAAUGGGGGAAAAGAGAAAAUUUAUGAUGAAAAAAAAAACACUUUUUAAGAUACAGAAAUUUAUAUACUAUUGGUAUUAGAGGCGAAAGGGAUUCAAUAUCUUGGUGCUGAUUCAAUAAUAAAAUAUUGAAAAAUGUCAUUCCUCUCGUUUGCGUGAGAAUGUAGAACUUGUUGAUUAAAUGUACGGAUUUUUCAUUGAGAAAAAUUAUCGCGACUCGGUGGAGAAAAGGGUAUGAGAUUUCAAUUCAAAUUUUGGGAUUGGUUUUCGAUGGAAUAAUCCCACCCCCCGGUCGACAAAUGUAUAAUUUUUCAUUCUAGAGAACCAAAAUAUCGCCGUCAAUCUCCUCGGGGCAGAAUCAUUCAAUCAUUUUAUUCGAAAUUAUUAUACGUUUUACUACACUUUAUCUUUCUUACCUCAGGGAGAUUGAAAAUAUGCGCAUUAGAUUUUUUGCAGAUCCGAUCAUUAGAUGAAAAUUCAAAAAGUCUUGAGUAGAAAUAUUAUGAUCGUGAUUACGACACCGCUGAGAGAAUUUUUGUUCUUCUGAAAAACUUAUCACAAUUUUUUAAAUUUAAAUAAUAGAAAUUUUUCGUUACUACAUUGAAAUCCUGUUUUUCAAUAAGUCAACUAGAAAAAUAAUUUAUCAUACUUGAUAAGGGGCAACUUCUCUAUUUUUUUUUUAAAUAAGAAUUUUAUUUUAAUUGAAUAUUCAAAUGAAAGAAAAUUCUCAAGUGGUAGGAGAAGCAAUUAUUCACGCACUCUCUUUAAUAAUUAAAUCAUGCACCCAAUCAAAUUCAUUCAUCGUUUACCAUUAAUUCUCUUCGUGCCAUUGUUUAAAAAAUGGUGAGAAUUUUGCGCGUAUGUAUGACGUAUGUGUCUGAUGAAUAAAAUUAAUUAUACAGAGGUGAAAAUUAAGAUGAGAUUAAACACAUGAGAAAUUUAAAAGAAAAAAUGAAUCCAAAUGUUACUGGGGUUAUACAAGAUGUAUAAAGGUAAAUUAAAUGAAGAAAAAAAAUGGCGCGCAGAGCGUACGCCACCUUCAAUGCCUCAUUGAGCCUCAUCUAAUGCUUUUUUAUCUGUACAUUUACAAUUUGUGUACCAAUGAGGAACGUUGUUUAAUCAUGUUGUUGAUGUUAUUGUUAAAGAAUGAGAUUCAAUAUUGUAAAUAACUAUAUAUUCAUUAUAAUUGAUGAUAAAAAUAAUUAUAUACAUAAAAAAAUGGAAAAAAGUCGGAAGAAACCUGAAACCUAUCUGUCCCAUGUGUUUCAGGUAAUAUGUGCCCCACGAGUGGAAGAAAAAACAAAAAAAUACAAAAAAAAAUGAACACUUUUUUUUAUAAGCGUCUGAACCAAAGCCCCUGAAACCCCAAUGUUCACGAGAGAAAAAUGGAAAAAUGUGUAAUGUGAUCGUUAUUGUGUAACAAAUGGAAGAAGUCUUGAAAAAAUUCAAAUUACACGCAUGAAUUUUACGUA